UAUUCUUUGCCCCUGCGUUUUGUUGCGGAAACCCCUCGAAAUCUACUAUACUAUUGUCGUAUGUAGGUAGUGCGUAAUUUUUUAGACGUCGAUUGUGGUCAUCGAGGUUGAAGACGGAGCUACUGGAUUACCACGGCAGUAUUUUGAUAACAAGAUAAACAUACUCCUUUUGUUUGAGAUUUUUGUACUUAUUUUGCUGUAGUCUUUUGUUUUUUUGUGAGCGUGUAUGUGUGAUGGAAGCCAUUUUAGGUUGGUCACACUAGCUUCUAGCCACAUUGUUUCAGGCCUUGCUUCAAUCUACAUCGGUUUGUUUUUAGUUGAGAUUUGGACUACGCUGAAAGAAAUACGUUUUGGAGGAACUUCGACACGGACAAUGAGGCGAAAUAUUUGAUGGGACUACACGUUUGAUCACUCGGACUUUGUUUGAACUGUAUUUCUCGAUCGGAAUUGGACUUCUUAAACAGCAUACGGCUAAACGCCAUAUGCUCAUGGGACAUUGAAACGGCAGGAAUUUCUCACGUGUCUGCUGGGAAAUUUCGUGGACAAUGAAUCGCUUGCGUGACUAAAAUUACGUGUUGCACUUGAUCUCUUUGAACAGUUUAUAUUAAGAUCGCAGUUGUUUAACCUACUUUAUUGUUUAACGGGAGGCGAAAUACACGACCUCUGUUUAGUGGUGACUCUUAUUUAAGAAUGCUAAAAAUGAUGAGCAAAUAUGGCUAUUAUUCUUAAACUAUUGAAUUGACUGAUUUGAUUAAAUUUGCUCGCUGGGCUAAGUUAGCCCACGCGACUGUGCACAUUGUAAUAGUUGAGUUUGGUUUUGUGUGCUGGUAUCUGACCACAAGGAUUGUUUAAACAUGUCUUGUGUCCAUUACAAGUUUUCUUCUAAACUUAACUACGACACGGUCACCUUUGAUGGCCUUCACAUCACGCUCAGUGAUCUGAAACGCCAAAUCAUGGGGCGAGAAAAACUGAAGGCCGCGGACUGCGACCUGCAAAUCACCAACGCGCAAACAAAAGAAGAAUACACUGAUGAAGGAGCACUCAUACCCAAAAACUCAUCUGUUAUCAUCAGACGUAUCCCUAUUGGAGGGGUCAAGUCGACAAGUAAAACAUAUGUCAUCGAUCGAUCUGAACCAUCAAGUGGAUCUUCAAAAGCAAUUGAUGAGUCUUCUUCCAUUUCACUGGCCCUGCUUUCAAAGACAGCCAAUCUUGCUGAAACAAAUGCGUCAGAGGAAGACAAAAUUAAAGCAAUGAUGUCUCAGUCCAACCAUGAAUAUGACCCCAUCCAUUAUACAAAAAAGCUUACCGGUCCACCCCCACCAAACUACACGUGCUUUCGCUGUGGAAAAACCGGACAUUACAUCAGAAACUGCCCAACGAAUGCGCAGGAUCGAAGUUUCGAAGCUCCUCAACGGAUUAAGAAAAGCACAGGAAUUCCUCGCAGUUUCAUGGUGGAGGUAGAUGAUCCUAACAGAAAGGGAGUCAUGCUGACCAACAGUGGAAUAUAUGCCAUUCCCACCAUUGAUGCUGAGGCGUAUGCUAUUGGGAAGAAAGAGAAACCGCCUUUUUUGCCCCAGAAUCAGUCUUCGUCCUCCGAGGAAGAAGAUCCAGUGCCUGAUGAGCUGUUGUGUCUGAUCUGCAAAGAUCUUAUGACUGAUGCUGUUGUUAUUCCCUGCUGUGGAAAUAGCUACUGUGAUGAGUGUAUUCGGACAUGUUUGCUGGAGUCUGAAGAACAUGUUUGCCCCACGUGCAAACAAUCGGAUGUUUCUCCUGAUGCUCUGAUUGCCAACAAGUUUUUGCGUCAAGCAGUAAAUAAUUUUAGGAAUGAAACUGGAUACACCAAAAGGAUUCGCAAAGCUGCACAGGCGGCUACAUUAGGAUCCCAGACUCAGGCUCCUGUGCAGCGACCGCCAAUGAAACUGGCCUCCUCACGCCAACAGGACCCUCUUAUGGCCAAUGUUCAGAGCUCAACACCUUCCAGCACCCCUCCUCAGAGCAUGCCAGUUGCCUUGUCUCCUUCUCCCCCUCGCCCGUCCUCCAGUACACCACCACCACCUGUCAGCAGCUCUACUGUACAGAGUAGCAGUGCACCUGCAGUCUCAGACUACAGCCCUACGGUGGACUCUCCUCCGCACUCUACCAAGCAGGAGGACCCGCCAUUGGCCAAGGAAUCUGAGGUCCCCACAUCUUCUGCUGUGCCUUCAUCUGAAAGCCCUGUGGCGACAACUACUGCCGUUUCGAAAGGAUACCAUGUACCUGUUAUUGGGCAGCCCAAUAUGCCACAGCACGUCAUGCACAACAGAUCAGGAGGACAGCCAAGGCCUAGUGGACAAAGGCCAACUGGGAGCCGUCCUACAUGGGAACCUCAUGACAGGUCCACAAAUAGAGGCAGAGGUCCUAAUGAUCGACCACCAAGAACACAGCCACCUCCUCCUCCAAUGCAAAAUCUUCCUCCUGUGCAGUGUACAGGAGCUCCAAUGUACAUGCCUCCUGCUCUCUUUCCACCUCCUCCACACCCUAUGCCUCAGCCACCUGGUGUGAUUCCUCCGCAGUAUCCUAUGCAUUAUCCUCCAGGACAGCAACCUCCUCCUCCCUACAACCUACCACCACCGGUUUUCCCACCAGUCCCACCUAAUGUCCAGGCUCCUUGGGGGCCUCCAGGGACUCAACCGCCUAUUCCCAACCCAAUCCCCACUAUGCCAGCAGAACCUUUCCUGUCCAAGGAAGAAUUCUACAGACAGCAGCGCAGACUAAAGGAAGAUUCCCAAUGUCGAUUCGUUACCAGGGAGAAGAAAUCUAAGCUUGAUGAAUUUACCAAUGACUUUGCCAAAGAGCUGUUGGAGUAUAGAAAGAUCCAAAAGGAGAGAAGGCGAUCCUUUUCUAGAUCAAAAUCUCCUUACAGGGACUCCACAUACAGCGGCUCAUCGUAUUCCUAUUCAAAAUCUCGCUCUAGGUCCAGAUCACCACGCUCAUAUUCUCGAUCAUUAUCCCGCUCACGUUCUAGAUCCCGCUCGCGUUCCCGGUCACGCUCCUUCUCACGUUCACCGUACUCCCGCAGAGGCCGAGGUCGGAGUCGCAGCUUUCGGUCUAGAUCACGGAGUCCGGCGUACCAUCGUUCUAGGAGCCGAUCACCAUCAUAUAGGGCUCGAGAUGUGAGUGGAGCGGCCGGUGGAAUUUAUCGUUCCCGCUCCAGGACGCCACCGUUUAAGAACCAAAGUCCCGGCAAGAAAGUUCCACCUACUGCUCCGAUGGAGAGCGAGCGCAAGUACAACAGCAGAUACAGAGAGCUUCCUCCUUAUGAUGCUAAAGCUUACUAUGGACGAAAUGUAGAUCAUAGUGAUCCCUACGAGAGAGAGCGCUACCGAGAGUGGGAAAGAGAGUACAGGGAGUGGUACGACAAAUACCUCAAAAGCUACGACAACCCACCCCCAGGUGGUCAGCUUCGAGGCCGUGGCAGUAGAGAUCCUUAUACUCCUGAACGUUAUCCUCCUCCUCGACCAAGAGAAAACUCCCCUUACGGCAGGGGGGAACGUCGAGAGGAUUACCCACCUCCACCUCAGAGCCGCGGUGGCCCUCCGAGAGGCCGCGGUCCCAUGACGUACCAAGAAAAGUGCACUGAGAAGUACACCCACAUCCAUGUCAACACUACUGGACCUAGCAGAGGACUUAAAGAAUCUUCUAAACCUAUUAAGGAUCGAGAGGCCAGUGGCAGCACUGGCACAGAGUCCAAGUCCCUGAAACACAAGAAACAUCGCAAGAAAAAGAGAGAUGACGGUGACCUCUUUAGCCACUCUGACUCUAUGGAUGAAACCAGGAAAGAUGAUCGCAAAGGAGACUCCAUGCUUAUGAAUUCAAACCGUGAUGAUGCCACACCUGUCAGGGAUGAGCCCAUGGAUAGCACAGCUGUACCCUACAAGAGCACCCCUGAAAAAGACAAGAAAGAGAAGACUAAAAGCAAGACUGACAAAGUUAAACGCAAGUCUGAGAGCAGUGGACAGAAAAAGGAAAUAACAGGAAAGGUGGUUAAGCCGGUUAAAGAAAAAGAGGCGGAAGCACCACGAGAGAAGGUGGCUCCCCCUGAACCGGCAAUUAAGAGAGUAAAAGACGAACCAUCCCACAAACCUGAAGCAAGCAAAUCUCAGACCAUCGAGUCUAAACUCAUGCUCCCUCGUAAGCUCAUGCAUUCCAGGCCCAUCAAACACCAUCAAGACCCGAAGCCGGUCAAAGAGGAUCCUAAGAACAAAAAAGAACUGGCGAAGGAUUCUGCAAAGCAAGACAAGGUUCCCAUCAAAGAUGUUAAGGUGAAGAAAGAGCCAGAGAAGACGGUGAAACCUGAGGAAAAAAUCCCCACCAAGGCAGUUGAUAGUAAACCAGAUAGAAAAAAACGGAAAGAUGAAAAGACAUCUCUGAAAGACCUCGACGCUCCUCCAGUAAAAGUAGCUAAAAUGGAAGUUGUCAACGUAGCCAAAAGCUCGCCAAAAUCUAAACCAAAGCCGGAGAGCGAAAGGCCGAUCGAGAAGGAGAAACCUGCCAUUCCGUCCCUGUUGGAUAUUAAGCCAGAACCCGUUAGAAAGAUUAAAAUUAACAGAGAAAUUGGCAAAAGAAUAUCUAGCAUAGAUCGCCCUGUUUCAGGAGACGACUCUGCUCAUGCCCCGUCAAAGGGCAGGUUAGAAAAGCCAAGAGGAAAAUUGAGAAGGAAGGUACAUGUUUCUGAUGGCUCAGGAUCUGUACUUGUCGAUUACACCAGCACCAGCUCCACAGGUGGAAGCCCUAUCAGAAAGCAUGAGGAGAAGCUUGACCUAAAGAAGACUGUGGUGAAGACACUGGAGGAGUACACCAAUGACAGCUCCACCCCUGCAGAGGAUGAAAUUGUCAUGAUAAAAGUGCCCCGCUCCAAAUGGGAAAAAGAAGACUAUGAAUCGGAGGAAGAUGAUUCAAAGGGCAACAUUAAAACUUCCAGCGUCAACACAUCCAGCUCUCCACCCGUGGAUGAGAACACUGCUGCCAAACCAACAGACAAGGAGUCUCCCGAUGCUGCCAAACCUCCGUCUGCCCGCAAAGAAGCUCCAGUAGAUGUCAAACCUGCCAAGGAGUCCACGUCAAGUGAUAAGGAGAGAGAUACUGACAAAGAGAAGGACCGAGAGAAAGAGCGAGACAGGGCGAAUGAAAGCGAUGUCAGAGCUUCUGAACGUGAAGUGACUGAUAAAAGGAAACCUAACCAGGAAAGAGAACGGGCACGGGAGAGAGGCAGCGAGCACGGAGGUGAGCGGAGCUCAUCUCAUUCCUCCAGAGACAGACCGGCUGACAGGCCAGAACCAACGUCGAGAAAACCAGCCGGUAGGGAGACCGCAACAGGUGUCGCCAACAGAAAACCCGACCACAGAGAAGAUUCAAGAGACCACAUGGGAACCAGAUCAAAAGAUGAUAGAGAACCUAUCAGAAGGAGAGUUUCACCCUCCCCACCCUCAAGGGUUAAGGACUCGCAUGUAGAUUCUGGAAAGAAAGAUAAUGAUGUUUCUCAAGAGUCACGAAGUCCAAUCAGGGAUAAGAAAACGUCAUCGCAAAGUCUCUCAGAGCCCAAAAGAACCGGGACGGAGGACCACAAAACAGACUCUUCUUUAACUAAGGAGAGCCAGAGCUCUAGGCAUUCUGAUGUGCGUCCCACAAAAGACAAAGAGCACAGGACUCCUCACAGGGCUUUGACUCCAGAGCCUAAGACCGAUGGAGAGAAAGCUCCAUCACACAGCGACCACAUCAAAGUGCCAUCUGCUCGCACCACUCGGCUCGCCUCGGAUUUAGCGCGGGAAACCGACGAGGCCGCAUUUGUUCCAGACUACAGCGAAAGUGAGAGCGAACCCUCAGACAUGGAGGGUAAAACAGAUCAAAGGGGGCAAGAGAGGGACAGCAGUGCCAGCCCAAGCCCCUCUGGUAGCCCUGGACAUAACAGCAGCCCCAGCUCUCCAGGCAGUCAGGAUAGCAAAAAGAAGAAAAAGGACAAAAAGGAGAAGAAAAAACACAAGAAGCACAAAAAACACAAAAAGCAUAAGAAACACACGAGUAAUGAAUCUGAGUCUGAGCUCAAAGGACAGAAACACAAACAUAAGAAAAAGAAGUCGAAAAAGAGUAAAGACAAAGAUAAAGAUGAGAAGGAUAAGGAAGAGAGCGAGAGAGAGGAGCAGAGGACAAAAGUAUCGGUUUAAUUCAUUACUGGUGAAAUCUUUUUGACUUGAGAAACAUGCAAAUAUUGUUUAGAGGUUUUCUUGAGUACUGUUCAGAUUUCAUUCUCUUCACUUCAUUGGUUAAAGCUUUUUUGUUUAACCACACUAACCUUCUGCCACAUAUGUAAGAGGAGUUAGCUACUUGAAUGAUUGAAUGAGGGUUGAGUUUUUGUGGGGUUCUGAACGUGCAGUAAUGUUUUGUUUAUAAUUUAAAUAAUCCUUGCAGACUCUCGUUACAUCAUGGUUUUGUUUAAAGGCCAUUGUAGAGGAAGCACUUUAAAAUGUGAAUGUGUUUGCAAAGUUGCAAAUGCCCUUUUGUACCUCAUCUCUUGUAUGUUUAAGUUGGAGAGAAACAUCAAUAUGAUAGUAUAAUGAGAGUAUUGUCCAGGAAAUGCGGGACGUAGUGAUUGCAAAAUGUUUUGCACUGUGAAUAUUGUACUCUUAAGUUUCAUUUUAUUCUUCAAUUUCACAAGAGUAAUUUAAAUUGUCUGCUGAAAGGAAAUUCCAUAUGUUUUGAGGCCAAUAAAUUUUUUCAGCAAAUAUAAAAAGGA